ACUGUGAAUGGUUGAAGUAACAAAAGGCUGAACUGAGCUUUGUCAUUUAGUAGUAUAAGAAAUAAGGUGGAUGAACUUGAGGCACAGUUGGAAAUUGUAUUUCAAUGAAAUGAUUGAAGAUUGAGUCCGUUUAUCCAGAUGAUAUUCGGAUUCUGGUCAGUGUGACUCAUGGCUAUACGCUAGGCUGAACUGCAACUCAGUGGAAUCACAGGAGAAAUCUUCACAUUUUCUUUUGGAUCUUGUCUAAUCUCCCAAUUGUUGAAGAUGCUACUGAGCACAAGAAGUUUCCUAUUAUGUUUGCUGUGCUGGUCUAAGUGGAGUUCAUCCAUGGAGAUUCCAGAAGAGGCUUUCAUUCAAGAAAGAAUUCAGCAGCCUCCAACUAUAACACAGCAUUCCCCCAAGAAGCAUGUUGUAUAUCCAACCGAUGAUUUUGUUAUCAAGUGUGAAGCUAGAGGAAACCCAGCACCAUUUUUUUGGUGGACCAAGGACGGCAAAGAAUAUGAUCCAUCACAGGAUCACAGAGUGAUUCCAGCUUCAAACUCAGGGACAUUCAUCAUUAAAAACAACAAUGGCAAUUUGAAGACAUUUCAGGGAAAAUAUCGUUGUUAUGCGAGCAAUGAACUGGGGACAGCAAUAUCUGAGGAAAUCGUUUUUACAACCGCAUCUAUCCCUAGAUUCCCAAAGGAGAGUAUGAAACCUAUUGAGGUAGAGGAAGGGGAGCCUGUGGUGUUACCAUGUAACCCUCCCAGUGGGCCGCCUCCGUUAAAUAUUUAUUGGAUGACCAGCAAGAUUCGACGUAUCCAGCAGAACAGCAGAGCUUCCCAAGGACUCAAUGGAGACCUUUACUUUUCAAAUGUGCAGUCAAGUGAUAGUCGGGAUGAUUACAUUUGUUUCGCCCAUUUUUCCAGAACAAGAACAAUUGCCCAGAAGGAGCCCAUCAGCCUGAUUGUUAAAUCCUUUGCACAUCCCAAUGACACAGAGUCACCUGUUAUAGAUAUUGACCUGUCUGCUGCAAAUUCAAUAAAGGAUCGAUCCCCGAGUUUUCUGACACCUUCUGGUAGCAGUUCACAGAUAACUGCACUGCGAGGAGGAACACUUCAACUGGAGUGUAUUGCUGAAGGGCUUCCCACACCUCAAAUCUCAUGGUCUAAGGUCGAUGGUGAUAUGCCCAAACAUCGAGCAACAGAAGAGAAUUUCAAUAAAACAUUGAAGAUAGUUAAUGUGACUGAACUUGAUAAUGGAAAAUAUCAGUGCAAGGCCGAAAAUGCUUUUGGUAUUGUGAAGCAUGCUUUCUCUGUAACAGUGGAAGCUGCUCCUUACUGGAUCAAAAAACCCCAAAGUAAGGUAUAUUUUUCUGAAGAAAAUGCUGAAUUGGAAUGUGAGGUAGAUGGUAACCCACAACCUGCAGUUGAAUGGAAAGUGAAUGGGAAGCCUUUGAAUGAAACACAGCCUGCAAUAAAUCGCAAGAUUACUCAAAAUGUUAUCAUUCUCACAAAUCUACAACUGAAUGACAGUGCAGUCUAUCAGUGUGAAGCUUCUAAUAAGCAUGGAUCCAUUCUUGCCAAUGCAGUUGUCAAUAUCCUGAAUCUUGCACCAAUGAUGCUUACUCCUGAUGACCAGAGAUAUAUUGCAAUCGAAGGAAAAACAGCUUACCUUUACUGUAAAGUCUUUGGCUCUCCUUCUCCUACUAUACGUUGGUUGAAGGAAGACAUGGAAACAGAAAUUGAGGGCCCUAAUUACUUUAAGCAUACAAAUGGUACUUUAGAAAUAAAGGAUGUUCAGAGGGAAGAUGCUGGAUUCUAUACCUGUUGGGCAAGUAAUGUAUUAGGAAAUGACACCACUACCUGCAUGUUAGAAGUCAGGGUUGCAACAGAAAUAGUGCUUCCCCCAGAGGAUUUAAUGAUACAGAAGGAUGCAACUGCACAGUUUAAAUGUCAUGCUGAAUACGAUUUGGCUUUCGAAAAUGACUUUGAGUUAUCAUGGAGAAAGGAUGGAUUUGAAAUUUACAGUGACCAAACAGAGAAUGACAGAAUACUAAUGGAUGGUGAUAUUCUUCAAAUUAAUGAUGUAAGUGAAGACGAUGAGGGGACUUACACUUGCGUUGCAAGGACAUCGCUGGAUGUUGAUAUGGCAGAUGCAAAGCUUUUCAUCCUUGAUGUUCCAGAGCAACCAGAAGAUUUGAAGUUAUCUAUUCUGCAAAACCGGAGUAUACGAUUAACAUGGGAGCCUGGUUAUAGCCACAAUACUCCUAUAACAGAAUUUAUUGUGGAGGAAAAUACAUUUGAACCUGGAAGAUGGCAUGAAAAGACUAGAGUUAAUGGAAAUCAAACUUCAGUAGUGUUGCAACUCUCCCCUUAUGUAACCUACCAGUUCCAUGUAUUAUCUGUAAAUAAAGUGGGCAAAAGUCAUCCGAGUGUGCCUUCAGAAAACCACACAACAGAGUCUGCAGUUCCUGAGAAGAAUCCAAAAAACGUCAAAGGAGAAGGAACAAAUAUCGACAAUAUGAAAAUUUCAUGGGAGCCACUGAAACGCAUUGAUUGGAAUGGACCCGGACUGAAAUACAAAGUUAGUUGGAGGCGACAAGGUGUUGACACAAAUUGGCAUGAAUAUGUAAGCAGUAAGCAUCACCACCUUGUCGAGAAUACCCCGACAUUUGUACCUUAUGACAUCAAGGUACAAUCCUUGAAUGAUAUUGGACUGGGUCCUCAUCCAAAGAUUGUCACAGGAUAUUCAGGAGAGGACUUCCCUGAAGCGGCUCCUUUGAAUGUUGCUGUUGAAAUCAUGAACAGUACUUUAAUUAAAGUCACUUGGUCAGAAGUACCAAAGGAAACAAUUCAUGGUCACCUGGGAGGUUAUAAGAUUGUAUAUUGGAAAAUAAGAAGCCUGUUGGAAAGAAGGAAGCGACACGCUGAAAAGCACGUCCUUACUUUCAGUGGACCACGCAGCCACGGGAUGGUUCCAGGUCUAGAACCCUACAGUGAAUAUAGUCUGAUUGUGAUGGUUUUUAACAGGAGGGGUGAUGGGCCACAAAGUGGAUCUAUCCAUUUCAAGACUCCAGAAGGAGUCCCUGCACAGCCAGCUUUUCUGAGAAUUGGGAACUUUGCCAAAAACUCAGUGACUCUGAUGUGGGGACCUCCAGCAAAACCAAAUGGCAUUCUGACUGGCUAUUUGCUUAAGUACCAACUGAUUAAUGACACAGAAGAAAUUGGUACUUUGAAGACGAUUAAUAUCACAGACGCUAACACAACCAAGAUAGUAGUGUCUGACCUAGACACAAGCAGCAGAUAUAAGUUCUACCUGACUGCUUACACAAGAGCGGGACCUGGGAAACUUAUCACAGAAGAGGGAACAACAGUGAUGGAAGGAGUUCCUGUCUUGCUGAACAUCAGUUCUUCUGUAAGUGCAACAUAUGCAAACAUCAGCUGGAUUCCAGGAAUGGGACAUGCAGCUUCUGAAUUUUAUGUUGCAUACAUGAAUAACCGUAAAGGUAAAUGGAAGAUUUCAGACGCAGUAAAUGUUUCACAAAAUUUCCACAUCUUAGGAGGGCUAGAACCUGGAACUGAAUAUACAAUCCGACUUAUGGCUAAGAACUGGUUUGAUAACACUAGCAUUUUUGAAGAUGUUAUAGAAACCAGGGGAAAAGCUUAUGCAGGAAUACACAGAGGAAUUUCUACACAAGGAUGGUUUAUUGGCCUAAUGUGUGCUGUGGCUCUCCUUACCUUGAUUUUACUAAUUGCUUGCUUCAUAAAGAGAAACAAAGGAGGAAAAUAUUCAGUUAAAGAUAAGGAAGAUGCCCGGGCAGAUCCAGAAGCACGGCCAAUGAAAAACGAGACUUUUGGAGAAUAUGGUGACAACGAAGAUAAACCUUUGAAAGAAAGUCAACAGUCUCUCAAUGAUGGAGUGAAGCCUACAGGAAGUGAUGACAGUUUGGCAGAAUAUGGAGAUGGUGGGUCAGAAGGGGAAUUUAAUGAAGAUGGUUCAUUCAUUGGACAGUAUAGUGGAAAUAAAGAGAAAGAUGUCGAUGGAAAUGGAAGUUCGAUAGCCACUUCUCCAGUUAAAGCAUGAAUAACAUGUUCAUGAACCUCACUUGCCUUCUUAAUAUAUUUGUGAUACAACUGAAUAUUUGGUACAUUCGAAUUAACUCAGAUCGCCAAAUGCUUAAGAUAAGAGAAUAAAAUGAUCAUGGCCCAUAAAGAACGCUUAACAGAUGUACAAUAUUUGAUAAAAUUUGAGAUGCAGAGCACAUUGGUUGCAGAGGGAUAUAUUGUGCAAAAUUCUUUAUUCAGAGAAAUAUAUUGUGCAGAGUCCAUGUAAAAUAUAAAUCUGUAGGUUCAUAACAGAAAUGGUUCACAGUUGCUGACAGAAACCCUUGUUGCAAUUACCAGAUUUAAGUCCUUAUUGUUGUGGUUAGUUUGUGGAGUGUGAUCCUAUAUACUCAGAAAUUAAGAACCUGCAGAACUAUAAUUACUUUAAGAGACCAACACCAGUUUUGUUGACGCCUCUUACUGCAAGGAUGUGGCAGCUGAAGGGACAAGAAAUUGUAUUCCUGUUUUUUUUUUAAUUGAGUAGUACACUUUUCAAUGUAAUAUAGUUGCACUUUUUCAACUGUCUGAAAUUUUCAUGUCAAUUUGAAGUGACAAUUAUUUGUGGGAGUCUGAUUUGGAAAUCCAAAUGAUUGUUGCAGGCAAGCUUGGAACAAUGAAGUUCUACUGUUCAAGUAAUCAGCUGACACCUAUGGUGCAGUUGAGGUGUCAGGACCAUACGUCAUUGUACAUGUUAAGCCACCAUUAGAUUUGCACAAGGCCCUUGUGUAUUUCUUCACACGAGUUCUUCUCCCAAUGUUCUGCAUUUAAUGACUGUAUUCAUUAUAUGGUAUGAUUAUCAAAUCAGAAGACCACAAUGUACAUUUUGUAAUUAGGGACUCAUUUAGAAUUUCAGAAGGGACUGCUGAAAGAUAAUUCUCAACAAAUUAUCAGUGUUUUAAGAAGAAUAUUCCUUCUACAUGUUUUGAAUGAAAACCUUGAAGCAUUACUUUUUGUUAACAAACUAGAUGUAUUUAAGAAGUAGCCACAUGUGUGAAUUUAUAUUGUGUAUAAAACAUGUAAAACAUAGAUUUGUGAUGUUGAACUAAAUAAACUACAUGUCGCCACCCAGAAAAUUGGUAUACUUUGAAAAGCUGUAGGUUCAAUUUUUUUUAUCAGUGAAUAAUUGUGAAGUAAUUGUACUUGUGUUAAAGUUUUUAUUAUGAUAGCUCCUAUAUGUCUCAUUAUUGAUUCUUGCUUAACAGUGCUGGCAAAGUUUUAAUUUGAAAGAUUUAUCAAUUUGCAACAUUUUUGUAAAAAGGGAAGAUAUUUAUAUCAAUUGGAAAGUUUUUUGACAUUCUUCUGCAACUAUUGAAGUAAACAUUUAAGUACUACUUCCAGUAAAUGAUAAUCAAAAUCUGAAUAAAAGUACAUCAUCUGUUUUAAAUUCAUAUUCUACAGUAGUUUGAUUUCUAGAGAAAAUGGAAUUCAGUCUUGUUGGGAACAAACCUAUUUUCAUUUGUCUUUUGCAAGUUGUACAGAUAGAAAAUACACAACUUUUUAAAAUAUGACAACAUUUUGAGCUUUGGUUUAUACACGGCUAUAUAUAAUUCUACCUUUAUCAAGAUGUUCAAUGAUAAUUAAUCAGUUAAUUUGUAUAGCCACCAUCAUGACUGCAAAUGAACCAUUUAAUAUUUUUAAAAGGCUGACUUCAAUCAUGCUAAGCUUUAUAAGAAGCCCUGCCCUAAUGAUUAUCUGAUUCAAUAAAACUACUCCUAAUGCAAAGUCGCUUCUUGUAUUUUCUGUAAUAAGGGAGUAGCUUCUUAAUUUGGCCAACUUUUAUUUUUGGAAUGUUAAUAAACCAAAGUAUAAUGGCUAUUAUGCACACACCAAAAUUAUACACACCAAAACCUGAUGGCUAACCUUAGUUCUGUAUGGCAUAUUUCAUUUUAUAAUAUCUUUGGACUGAAAUACUGCAAGAUUAGCAGAAAAGCCAGUAUAUAUAUGAACAAUUUCUAUUGCCAAUAAUACUGAAGCAAAAAACAUGAGAACAGGUUUGUUGCUUUUGAAAUAAAAUUGAGGACAAGAGUAUAAUGAAUUAAGAACUGACUGCAGUUUUCAGGUUAUUUAUAAGCUAAAUUCUGCAAGUUACAAUAUAGCUGUUGUCUCUGUUUAAAACUGUCCUUUUCACUAGACCCGGCUUAGUUAUUACCAUGUAGACCUAAUCGUAAUCAGUGUUCGUAUCAUUUCAAGUCCUCUCAAGAGAAAAUUUGAAAACUUGUAUCAAGUUUAACAGAGAACUUUUCCUAAUUUUUAUGCUUACUUGGAUAGUGCAAAUUCCCCUUGGAACAGCUGUUAAAUUAUUUAACUUUGUAGUGGUGUGGUGUUAUCAUGAAAUAAACGUGCAUAUAUGGUGCUUGCAGUCACUGGUAUUAGUUAGAAACUGUUUGUCAUACUAUUUGAUAACAAAUUAACUAUCACCAACAAAAGAAUGCAGAUAUAUCCUUCAGGUGAUUAAAACAUGUCUUUUCAUUGAAAGAACCAUGUAAGGUUUGCAAACUUCUUUUCUACCUGUGUAACUCUCUUGUAUUAUCUAAGUCAUUUUGGAAUGUUUCUGCUACUAAUACGUGUUGUGUAAAUGACCUUGUGAUCUUUCAGAACAUGGAUGUUUGUCUUAUUAAAAAUGGAAUA